CAAGGAAAAGAAUGAAGAAAAAAAAAUGGCAGGGAGGGGCAAUCCGGCGGGGGAGGAAAUAAAAAGAGAGAGAGGGAAAGACAAGCGUCAUUUAGGAAGAGGUAGAGUAAAAGAAAGAGCUCCAGGAUCUAAAACCUACCAUAUAGUAUUUUAUAUCUUUUCUUUUCCCCAGAGGAGAUCCCUAUCCUGUCACUUUAUUGACAGACGUGCUGUUACAGGCUGUCUUCCCAGAGGUCGCAGAAGAAGCUCAGACGCUGCUGUUCCUUCCCUCCCAAGUCCAGUGGUUUCCCUGGUAAUGGAUUGCUUCUCUCUGAGCUUCCACCCUGGUGAGACCGCCCAGGUCUAGUCUGUGAACUCAGCUAGGAGACAUACUGUAAAAAUGACCGAAGAGCCCAUAAAGGAGAUCCUGGGAACCCCAAAGUCUCCCAAGCCAGUGGCAAUGGAGAAGAGCUCCAAUGGUGAAGUCAUGGUCACCAUGGUCCCCCUGGUCAAUGAGAUUCAGCUGACAGCCGCCACGGGGGGCACUGAGCUCUCCUGUUACCGCUGCAUCAUCCCCUUCGCCGUGGUGGUCCUCAUCGCCGGGAUAGCGGUCACUGCCGUGGCUUACAGCUUCAAUUCCCAUGGCUCCAUCAUCUCCAUCUUAGGUCUGGUCCUUCUGUCAUUGGGACUUUUUUUGUUAGCCUCCAGCGCCCUGUGCUGGAAGGUGAGACAGAGGAGCAAGAAAGCCAAGAGGCGGGAGAGUCAGACGACUCUCGUGGCAAAUCAGAGAAGCUUGUUUGCUUAGGACUGAAUGAGACCAAACGGGAUGUGUGGUCUGAAGGACCUGCUCUCACUUCGUCAGCCAAUGCACCCAGGACUGGUGUGGGAGAGGAUGGACUUGGCAUUGCCGCAGACCAGAGGCAUGGGGGUGGCCUGAGGGUGGAGGAUGGAUGGGGUUCUCGUCUGUGAGCAAUGACUUGUGUCUUCGAUGACAAACUUAACUCUAAGGGCUAUUUCUCAGACUGAAAAAUCAGUUUUUCCUCUACAUUAAACAUUUUAGGGGUCAUGGGAGGUGUGCGGCAUUAGACAACAUUUGGUUCACCUUGGAAAGUAGGCAAGAGAAGAUGAGUUCUGGCACACCAGCAACCUGCCUCCAAAAGAGAUAACCCACGCUAUUAGGAUGUUAUAUCAUAAAAAUGUUCUGCUGAGAGUCUAAACUGCCUUGAACUUUGCAUACUCCUGUGAAAUUCUGUGAUCAUUUUUUUUGCAAAAAGUUGAUUCUCUAGCAUCUGUUUUAUUUUUCACUUUCAGUAACUCAUCACUGGUGGUACUUUUCUUGAAGAAUAAACUAAUAUUUUUUAUGUUUUAACAUUGGACAGUUUUUAGAUGAUCGUAAUGCUGUGUCAGAAGUUUAAAAAAAAAAAGGUAAAAUGUGUAGCUACUCGAUGACAUGCGGGGAUAAAUUAAUAUUAAAAUAAUCCAAUAUAGCACUUUUGAUGAUUUUUAUAUUAAAGUUUAAUGUACAUUUUAUUCAAAAUAAUAAAUACUCAUU